UGUGGUACUCAGAAAAAAAAAGUCAAAACAACAAUUAUGGAGUUCAGCAUUUACGAUUUAUUAUCUUUUAAACAUUAAAAACAAUGAUUACCGUACUGUUAUUCAGUACCCUAGUAUUAACACACGUACCCAGCAUUCUCUCUGAUGAUGUGAUGUAUCCGAAUGAACCGUACCGACCAUUGGGGCCCUUAGUCAAGUGUACCUUCUUGCCCAUUGAGUUUCUGGAUUGCGAGAGCCCCUACGACCACAAAGGCAACCAAACAGCCAGAGACGUGGCUGGCUACGGCUGCGUGAAAUUUGGAGGUGUGAGAUACGAAGAUGUUGAAAUCACUAAAGUGCAGUGCCGAGUAUUCGACCACAUUGAAUGCUAUGGGAUAAGAAGUUUCCUGAAGGAUGGGUUUCCUUGCGUUCGAUACACGGGCCACUAUUUCACGACAACAUUAAUCUACAGCAUUCUGCUAGGAUUCCUGGGCAUGGAUAGGUUCUGUCUGGGGCAGACUGGCACCGCUGUGGGGAAGUUAUUGACCCUGGGAGGUCUCGGCAUCUGGUGGAUAGUAGAUGUGGUCCUGCUGAUCACUAACAGCUUGCAUCCAGAAGACGGCAGCAAUUGGAAUCCACAUGUUUAGUAUAAGAAUGACCUACUACUAAGAAAACCAAUCUCAUUCUUGUAAAGAUUACUUUGUGAUAAAUAGUAUUGUAAGUUGUACAUUCAAUAAAUUAUUUUAGUUCUAAGUGA